GUCACACCAAAGAUACAGAACGUGCUUACGUCACCACUUCCACAACAACAAGAAGAAGCUGAAAAACAAGGAAGUGAAGGAAAGAAGCAGCCGUAAGGUUUUUAAAGGCCGUGACAGAUAUAUAUGAACGCGGAGCUCCUCCUUUAAUUCUGAUAUUCCUCCAGCCUCCGGAUCAUCACAGAACAAUGAACAACAAAGGUUCAUAUCCUCAGCAGUCUGUGUACCCUCAGCAGAGCUCUGCACCUGUAUACCCUCCUGCUAUGCAAAUGUCUCCUCAGGCUCCUCCUUACACAGACACCCCCCCUGCAUAUUCUGAGAUAUACCAGCCCAGAUAUGUGCUUCCACAUCAGGUGCCCGGCCAGGUGGCGCAGAUGUCCUCUCACUACCCCGGCGCUCAGAUGUUUAUGCCCAUGCAGCCACAUAUGCAGGUCGGGCAGAUGGGCCAGAACGUCCCCAUGGCUUACUACCCUAUGGGAGCCAUGUACCCCCCUGGCUCUACAGUGAUGGUGGAGGGAGGCUAUGAUGCUGGUGCUCGAUUCACAGCAAGCAGUGGUGUCUCCAUCCCACCCCCCCCUCCUGGACACCCCCCCAAUGCCGCUCAGCUGGCUGCCAUGCAGGGGGCCAACGUCGUAAUGACACAGCGCAAGAACAACUUCUUCCUGGGUGGAUCCAGUGGAGGUUAUACCAUCUGGUAACACCGACUCCUACAUGCCUAAACCGAGCCUCCCCCCCGACCCAAUUGAUGCCCCCGUUCUCUCCCCAACCCCCAACCCCCCCCCCCCCCCCAUAUGCCUCCCUCUUCAGGCUGCUUGGCCAUGCCACAAUACUGAUAUCACCUAACGGAAUGUAAUAUGUAGAGCCCUCAGAAAGGUACAGUACUCCACUUCACCGAGAGACCACCGACAGCCGGGGGACGACUGCCGCUCGAUUCCAACGCCGUAGAUUUCAUUCCAUGAUGCUCGUGAGUCCGCCCCCCCCCCCUCCCCCUCGUUCCAGAGCGGACUCUCUCAGGCGUCUGUUUCCUCCGGUCGAACGGAUCCCAAAUCACAGCGAGGUGUCCGUGUGUUCCAGACACUGAAAUAUCAGACGUCACAUAGUUUAGCUGCUUUAUGGUGAAAGUGAAAUGCAGUUACAGAGUUGCACUUAAUGCACAAAAAAAAUCCAUUUGUCUUUUUUUUGAAAACUUCUAGUGUAGUUUAAUGAAUAAAUGUGUAAUAGUUACAUGUAAAUACCAGUCUGAGGAAAAUACAUCUCUACUAUACCACAAAAAAACCCAGCGUCCGGGAUGCUGUUAGCUAGAAUCGUGUUGUCUUCGCACAAUAUCCAAAACAUCUCCGCUAAAUUUUUCCUCCAUCUGAUGGACUGUAAGGGUUAGUCCCUUGUAAAUUAUUUAAAUUAAGCAACAGAUUAAAGCUAAAGAUUUCAUGCAAUAUCCAAAGUGGUUUACUGUACCUUGUUGGGCGAUUUGUAGAUGACCAUAGUCGAGUGCCAAAGAGCACCGGGGAUAGCCCCACAUUAACUUCAGUAAACUUAAAGGAAAGAAAUUCAAAGUCAAUCCAAGAGAAGACGAGCGGGACGGCUGGUUGGUGUAACAUGUUAGCUUUUCUUUGUCUCCUGUUUCUAUUUCACAGUCGGAUACCCAGAGUUUAUACACUAAAUGUUUUUAUUGUACAGACUUCAACACCCUCCCCCCCCCACUGUUGUUUCUCAUUUUAAAGUAUUUAUUCACGUGUGAUAGCAUUAGUUUCUUGUCAAAGCUCGAGGAGACUUUAAUAAAUAUUUCAAUGUUUCUUUUAUUUCCUUCUUUACAUUUCCAUUAAUGUUUAGCCGCCGGACAUCUGACUGACGUUUGGUUGUGAUUAAAAAUUUAGAAAACGUCACAAUUUAAAAGCAAACGUAUCGUAGAGUCAGCAGCACUGAGACCCUCAGACGGGCCCUCAGGCGGACCCCCUAGGCGGCCGCUGUGUGACCUCACUCUAAGUGAAUGAAUCACUCCUUAAGUUGUGUACUUUUUGCACCUUGCUAUGUAAACCCUUUGUAUCUGAGACGCUCUGCAGAGUAAUCGGAGAGGCUGCAGAUGAGGGGCGACUCUCUUUUUUUAAUCCAUGACUUUUUAAAGAAAGCUGUGAUUUCUGAGCACCUGUCGACUCGAGUCCAUCAGUGUGUUAGACGGCAUCUUCUCCGAGACAUUUCUGUGCUGCUAAUUAAACUCCUAGACUCUUUGCGUGCUGCUGCAGAACUUCAGUCUCUGAGAUGCGUUCAGGAAUCUUGAUUUUGGUGUGUGCUAGCGUCUGUGUCACUGGGUAUCCGACACAGUGGAUCAGGUUUUAACAGCUGUGGCCGCCAGGAAACAAAGUCUGCACGGCGACAGCUCCGAGAUUUGGGUGCUCAGUGAGAGCGAGCAGCUGUCUGCACACGUGCUCCAUCCUCUGAAAUCACACACACCUCCACACGUGUGUUUUGGAUGAAAGGCCGCAGCUGCUAAAACUGAGAGGUUGUUCCCUGCUCUGAUUGUGUGUACAGCAGCAAUAUGAAGUCCUGUGAAGCCAACAGUAGAACCAGCCAGCAGACGGGUUCCUCUCUGUCCAAGGACGAUGGGCCUUUAGAAGUUCAGGGAUUCCUCUUUACAACAUUUUGUAGACGUGUGUACCAAAGUGACCCGUGACACUCUGGUACACAUUCUAUCUUUUAAGAUUACUAAAGGAGAGACGAGCGUCAAGAGGUGGAAAUACUUUGAGGAACAAAAAAGAUCUUAGGUGCACUUAACUUUUUUAUACUAAACUUCAAAUCUAAAAGUUUAGAAUAAAGGUUAUUUUGGAAAUUUGAAA